AUGGAUCCUCAACCAACCACGUCAAGCCAAAGCUUGUCUCCAAGAAAGAAGAGACCACGGAUAGCUUUAAGCGUUACCGAAAAAGUUAUGAUACAAAACGUCUACAAACACGUAUUUGAGGAGAAAGCAGCUUCACUACUACCUAUUGAGACUCCCGAAAAAAAAAGAAUACAAAGCAUUUUAAUUGACAGACAGGACAUUAUUUUAUGGCGCCAGCGAUAUCUUCGAAAAAUUAAAGAGUAUCGAAAGGAAGGAGGGUACAUUUAUUACCAAGAUGAAACCUGGAUCAAUGAAGGUCAUGCACCGAAGAAGGCAUGGAUUGACCAGACAGUGUUAUCGUCCCGCCAGGCCUUCCUAGAUGACUUGACCACUGGCAUAAAACAGCCUUCAGGAAAGGGCAAACGAUUAAUUAUCGGCCAUAUAGGCGGGGAAGAAGAAUUCUGGUUUAGGGGGAUCUUGCCAAAACUAAAACCAUAUUCCGUAGUAGUGAUGGAUAAUGCCCCCUACCACUCCAGGAAACUAGAAUCGCUACCUACAAUGUCUUGGAUUAAACCUAAAAUACAAGAGUGGCUAACGAGCAAAAAUAUUUCAUUUGAAGCAACAAUGGUUAAAGCUACUCUUAUAGACAUUGUACGGCAGCACAAACAAGAACAUUACGAUAAGUAUGUUGUGGACGAGAUGGCAGCGCAGCAUGGGAUAAUUGUUUUAUGUCUGCCCCCAUACCACUGUGAGCUCAAUCCCAUUGAGUUGGUAUGGGCACAGGCUAAAGGAUAUGUUGCAAGAAAUAACAAAACCUUCAAAAUGACAGAAGUAAAAAAACAUUUUGAAGAAGGACUUCAGCACAUCACACCUGAAAAAUGGAGUAGCUGCGUGUCUCAUAUAAUUAAAGAAGAAGACAAAAUACAUGGUCUCGACCACAUGAUCGACAAUGUUUCAGACAGAUUUAUAAUUAAUGUCACCGAAAGCGAUAGUGAUGAUUUUUUAUCUGAUGAUGAAUAA